AUGUAUCUACAAGAGUGGAAGAAAGAAGGACGUGGUACUGGACCGGGACACCAGGUUGAAGAAUUUCGGGAGGCGCGCGCGGGAAGGGGUACCGAGUCAUCCGGAGACGAGGAUGGUGGGCGACGACUUGCAGUUUGGGAGCCGCGGAAAAGUGUACUGCAGCAAUUUGCUGCAGGUCUUGGGGGUAUUAUCAUUUAUGCCCCACUAUUUGGAGUUGGUUCGGUGGGUCAAAGAGGAGUGGCCGUUAACAAUCGAACGAUUGCCACCCGAAUUGGGUGGCCAUUCAUUGUGUAA